AUGUUUAAAGCCGUCGAACAGCUCUACGAACGUAUGAAUGCCGGAGACUUAAGUAAUUUUGUUCCUCUUUUCACCGAGAACUUUUCAAGUCAGAGAGUCGGGUUUCCUAAAAGAAUUGGAAGAAAGCAAUGGAUGGAAGAAUCCUUUAUUCCUUUCCUCACUUCCUGUCCAAACAUCAAGUUUGAGAUCUUAAAGACCAUUAACGGGGAGUCUGAAACCUGGGUAUGGAGUAAGAUUAGUGGCCUUCCUGGUGAUCAGUCUAAGAUGAGUGUUGAUAUUUACAGAAUUGAAGAUGGAAAGAUUGCUGAGCAUUGGGAUAUCCAACAAGAUAUUGCAAAGGAAUAA